AUGACCGCAAUACCUAACGAACGAGACGUCAAGGACGUCUCCAUUGCCCCCGAUGGAGCGAUCGUGGAGGACGACAAGCGCUCAGCGGCCAUGAACUCGCAGUCGACACUCACGCCCACCGCCCUCCCCGAGGGAUGCAGCUAUGGCGACCUCGACGGCGAGCGCGUCAUCUGGGUCGACUUUCCGCCCGGAUCAAAACACAACCCGUUCUACUACCCAAAGCGGGUCAAAGUGUGCAUUGUCAUCUGCACGCUGAUCUACACCUGGUUCUGCUCCUCCACCGCGUCCGCCUUUGCCAUCUCGGCGAACUCGAUGUGCCAGGAGCUCGGAUGCAGCACAAUUGAGGCGCAGGCGGGUAUCGGGCUUUACGCCUGGGGAGCAGGCAUCAUGCCCCUCUUCAUUGCGCCGAUCAGCGAGGAGUUCGGUCGACGGCCAAUCUACCUGACAGCAGCGGUCACUUUCCUCCUCUUCCAUGUCAUGAACGGCGCGGCGAAGAACACGGCUACCGUUCUCGUAUCCCGAUUCAUGGCGGGUCUUUCCGGCAGCGUAGGCACGAGCAUCGUCGGCGGCACGCUCAGCGACAUCUUCAUUCCCGCGCAGCGGGGCCUGCCGAUGCUCCUGUCAGGUUUCUGCCUGUACCUCGCCACGGGCACGGCGGGAACCAUGUUCGCAUAUGUCGACUCGCGCGUCGGCUGGCGCUGGGUCUGGUGGGUGCACGUGAUUGGUCUCGGCGCCUGCCUGCCCAUGUUUAUCUUCACGAUGCCAGAGACACGCUCGGGCCUCAUCUUGCGCCGCCGCGCGAGGAAACUGCGCAAGGAGAGGGGCAUGCGUGAUGGGGCGCGAUACCUCUCGCACGACGAGGUGGAGAAGGAGAAGUUCUGGCCCGCGCUGAAGCGAUCAGCCACGAGGCCGCUGUACUUCCUCGCGACAGAGCCGAUUGUCACUUUCUUCUCCCUCUGGGUCGCCCUCGCCUGGUCCGUCAUGUACGUCCAGAUCGAGGGUCUGCCCUACAUGAUGCGGCACAUCUACGGGUUCCACCUCGAGGGUGUUGGGCUCAUGUACCUCACGACCGCGAUCGGAAGUGUCUUCGGUCUCUUCGCGGGUAAGGCCCAGGAGAAGCUGUAUAAGCGCAUGGCACCGAAGAAGGGCGUUGAGGCGAGACUGUACGGCCCCAUGGUGGCCGGUGUCGUCUUUGCCGCCGGCUGCUUCAUUACGGGCGCGACCGCGUCAGCCGACGUACACUGGAUCGGCAGUGCUAUCGGCCAAGUCAUCAUGAUCGCGGCCAUCAUGACCAUCUACGUGACGGCGUUCACGUACGUCUCCGAGUGUUACGGAACGUACGCGUCCAGCGCUAUCGCUGGCCAGAGCACAUCGCGUAACAUGAUCGGAGGCGGGUUUGCGUUCGCGACCGACGCCAUGUUCCGCUCUAUGACGGUGCGCUGGGCAAUCAUCAUGAUGGGCUGCAUUGCUGCGUUGCUUGCGCUCGUGCCGUUCAUUGCGUACUUCUACGGUCCCGCCAUCCGUGCCCGGUCGCCCUACUCCCGCGCCCUGAUGCAGCAGGAGAAGGACGCACUCGACGCCGAGCGCAUACAGAGAGAGGCGAUGGGCAUCAACAUGGACGGCGUGGAGGACUAUGAGGGCGACGCGAACGAGAAGACGAUGGACGAGGCGGUUGUCGCUGAGGAGGCGCGGCAUGCGGAGCACGAACAGCGGAACGAACAGCGACAAGUUGAGCACGCACGGCAUCAUGCGGAGCACGAACAGCAUCGUCAUCAGCAUCAAGGGACUUAG